UUCUGUCCUGUGUGGCAAGUUUUCCACUGCACAAGCAAGUGAGCAACCACUGUUGCCAACGCAAAGUAUCCCUGUCUGUUUCCCCAGAACAUAGACCGUCUGGUUCAGGAGUUGGCGGCCGGCGGGAGUCGACGAGGGCGGCGAAGAGUUGCCGGCGGUCGGCCACCGUCGCCUCCUCUGGAGCGGCGGUCGUCUGGAGUUAACAAAGUCGGCUGGAGGCUGCUGUUCGGCGCCCGUAGCCGGCCACGGCGACGGCGAGGUGAGGCGCGCUGCUCUGCACGAGCUGCCUCCGAGCGACAGAUCUCGAUCCUCCCUAGUGUGGAUCUAGGGGCAAAAACGUCCACAAACUUAUCAGAGAAAAGGAGGGGAAAGUGCAUUUCGCAGCUCUGGCGGCAUAGUUGAGCACUUGAGUGAUCGGACGGAGUGGCGGCGUUGUACCUGUCGUAGAGAAGAAGCGAACGGUGGGCGGCCGCAGGAUGUCGGAGCUGGAGGUGUAUAGCUUGCUGCAGAAGAUGGCGGCGAUGAGGGACGGCGGCGACUGGCCGGCCGGUGCGGAGUUGGAGUUGCAGGAGUUGUACACCGUCCUCGAGAAGGUGCAGCGCAAGAUGGCUCACGCGGAGCCGCUGGUCGUCGUCGACAGCGGCAACUCCGCCCGCGCCGCCUACUCCCUCUUCCUCGCAGACCUUCGCCGCGUCACGUUCACCGUCGACCAAGCCCUCGAUAGCUACUCCGCCAGCGCCCGCCGCUCCCCGUUCAUGCACCGCGUGCGUUCGGUGGCUCUGAUGGGGAUGGCGGCAUAUGGUGUUUUCGCGUUUCUCUCGGCCCGUUCGUCUUCCCUGCUGCAGGAAAAGCUUUUGCCGCAGCCGCUAGAGCUGCGCCCCAAGAUCGCCAGAAAGUUGGAAGAGGCCGUGAAGGACGUGAGGAUGCUUCUCCGCCUCUUCAGUACCUACGUCGCCGAUCUCCUGCCGCCGCCGGAGCACCAGCAGCCAGAGCCUGGUCUCGGCGCUGACCCCGACGAUACGUGGUCUCUUGCCGAUCAAAAAGAAGCCAACCUCCUUGUCAAAGGAAGAGAACAGGACAGAUGUAAGGUACGGCAGAUCCUCGAACAUCCUGGAACGAAAGUGGUCGUAAUUGUAGGAAUGGCCGGGGCCGGGAAGACGAAGCUCACCAGGCAUCUGCUGUGCGAAAUGUGUAGUGCUACUACGCAUGGCUUCAACUACUCUCUUUGGGUUACAGUGUCCCAAGAUUUCAAUCCAGAAUGGAUUUAUCGGCAGGUGAUGUCUAAGCUGAGCGAUCAAUUGAAGGCAGGCGAAGAUGCUGAAAGCUUCUGGUGGUCUCUAAAUUCAGAUCUAAAUGAAGGCUUGAUCAAUAAGAAGCAUUUGCUUGUGCUCGAUGGCGUCUGGAACGAAGACCCUCGUAAGUGGAAGGAACUGAUGGAUCUCCUCUACGGCAAUUGCACGCAAAAGACCAAAAUCAUCGUCACUACCAGGAUUCCUGCGGCGGCUGCUGCUAUAAGCUCUGCAGUAAUCUACCACCUGCACCCGUUCUCGGUGGAGCAUACCUUGGAGAUGCUCCAAACGAUCAAUGGGGAGCUGCCUGAGAAGUUGCUCGGCGGUGGCAGUAGCAACGCUACCGUGUCUACUGCUGCGGCUAAAGAAUUGAGUAAGAGGAAGGUCGCAGAGAAAUGCAGCGGUUUGCCCACCAUCAUAAAGUUCUUGAGCUCUUCUCUUGAAUCUAUCUGUGCAAACGAGGUUGCUGAUCCACUAAAACAGUUUGAUAUGAUGUGUGCUGGCAACCAAGGACUGCUGCACAUCGCUGAGGCCAGCUAUAACCAUCUUCCACCACAUCUGAAGCGGUGCUUCCUCUACUGCUCCUUGUUCCCAUAUCAUCACAUCUUUGAUACUGACGAGAUGAUUAGCCUGAUGGUUGCUGAAGGUUUAACACAGACUACAAGCAGGGAAGCCCAAGUGGAUGGUGAUAUCAGCAGGCUUCAGAGUGAAUGCUUUGAUCUUGUCAAUAAUCCUGGGUCUAAUGGGGGAAUCAGAAGAGGAUGCAUGAUGCAUCGAGUAUUGCACAUCCUUGCACGGCACAAAGGGCAAGAACUAUAUAAAGCUAUUGUGGGUGAUCAUUCUGCUGCUUUGAAAGAACAUUCCAAUAUCAGAUAUAUGUCUCUCACAGUUGAUCAUACAACUACGGAGCUCCCAGGGUCGCUGACUGCGCACACAGAUUUGAGGACGCUGAUCCUACUCAGAACGCAGAAGAUGGUCUUGUCUGGUCAGAAGUCUGAAAUCAAAGAGAUCCCUUCUGAUUACUGCCGCUAUCUCACAUACUUGCGUGUAUUGGACCUGCAGGCAACCAAGAUCAAUAAGUUGCCUGAGAAAGUCGAAAUGCUCUCAAAUCUGAGGUAUCUGAACCUUUCCCAAACCGAUAUUGACAAACUGCCUGAAUCAAUUGGCAGACUUCAGUACCUGGUAUCCCUCAACAUUUCUCAAACAUGCAUUGCGACAGUUCCAGAUUAUAUUGGCAAAAUUCACUCUUUGAGGUACCUCAAUCUUUCUCAAACUGAUAUUGGAAAACUGCCUGAUUCAAUUUGUUCGCUCCGACUGUUGCAAACCUUGCAGCUAUCACGCUGUGAAAAGCUUACCAAACUACCACAAAAUAUAGGAUCCGUGACAAGUUUACAAAGGUUAGACCUAGAAGGUUGCUACUAUCUAUCCGAGAUGCCUCAGGAUAUAAGCAACUUGAAAAAUGUGAAGGAGCUAAAUGUACUGGAAUGUCCCUCACUGGAUAAAAUGCCUUGUGGGCUGAGUGCACUAACCAAGAUUGAAGCAUUGCCAAGGUACAUUGCAACCAGUGGUGACAACAAUCCCAUAUUGGAGCUGCGGGAUUUGGUAAAAUUGAAAAGACUGGGUUUGGAAAACAUUGCAAAUAUUUCCAAUGAGGAUGCCGAGAAAAUACAACUGCAAAAGAAACAUGAGCUCGAGCAUUUGACACUUAAUUGCAAUAUGGAUGCUGAAAACAGAAAAUCAAGUUCUGAAGUGAAGGAGCUACUGGACUGUCUAGAGCCCAACCCAGGGUUGAAAAUACUGGAGAUCAUUUCUUAUGCAGGGGAAACGUUCCCGUGCUGGAUGGCCAACACAAAUCCACAACUUAAGAAGCUCACUCAGAUCAGAAUCAUCAGAUUGAUUAAUCUGAAGUGCAGCAGUCUCCCGCCGCUUGGGCAGCUACAUCAACUUGAGACUCUAGAGAUCAGUGGAAUGAAUGCCAUAAAAAAUGUCAGCAGUGAGCUACACGGUGAACUGAAUGCUGAUACAUUCCGUUCUCUAAAGAAGAUCGUCUUUUCUCAUAUGGUUAACCUACAAUGUUGGCCGGUGGAAAAUGGUGCUAUAUGUGAACAUCUUAAAGAGUUGUCAAUUAUCCAAUGCCCAAAAUUUCACAAGCUGUCGAUGAAUCUUAAUAUUGAAAAGCUGACUCUAUUGAUGAGUCCUCACGAAUUGCUUGGCAGAGAAGGAUUGGCAGGUGUUGCUAGGAGUCUAAAAAGCCUAUCUAUUUCACUGUGUGAAGAGCUAUCAGCAUCAUCAAAUUGUGAGGGUCUAACGAUGCUUUCUAACCUUGAGGAGUUAAAGAUUUCUGGAUGUGAUGAACUGGAGAACUUACCGCCGGGUAUGGAAAAUCUUACUGCACUCAAAAGAUUGUCAGUUAUUGGAUGCCAGAAGUUCCAAAAUUUAACGGACUUACUGGAAUGCACUGCUCUGAGCUCCCUGGUCAUAUCAGAUUGUCCAAUGCUACCAUCCGUCCCACAGGGUUUGAGAGGGAUCACAACUUGCGAGUAAACUAACAGCGGUAUAGUUCAAAAACAGAUAGAAGAACUCUAGCACAAAUAUAUCAAGUAUGUGAAUGACCAAGCUUUUGCGUCAUUUUUUCUCAUAAUCCUAUCCACAUACAGUUUCAAUUUUUAGAUUUAUUUAUAGAUGCCAAAAAUGUUUCUGAUCGGUAUCUCCAAUGUAUUUUAUAUAAGUUUCACGGCUAUCAAGAUACACUAUCCUUGUUACUUUGCCUUUAUUACUUACAUCGAUGAUACACUAGCAGGUGGAUUUUCAUUAAA